AUGGAAAAUCUCAAAUUGAUCCUAGUCAUUGGAGGAACUGGUGCUCAAGGCAGUUCUGUCGUUAAUGCACUCUCUGAAAGUGGUCGCUACAGCGUCAGAAUUCUGACUCGGAACCCGGCUUCAGACCGUUCUAGAGAGCUGGCUGCCCUUCCCAAUGUGGUGCUCCUGCAAGGUUCCCAGGAUAGCCAAAAUGAUCUCCAUACCGCUUUUACUGGCGUUUACGGUGCAUGGGUGAACCUCGAUGGUUUCACCAUUGGUGAGAAAAAUGAGCUGUUCUAUGGUAUUAGGGCGUACGAAAUAGCCAGGCACCACGGUGUCAAGCAUUAUGUUUUUGCAAAUAUCGACUAUGCUCUUCGGAAGGCUGGGUGGAGUGAGCAGUAUCAUUGUGGACAUACCGAUGCUAAGGGCCGCGUUGGUGAUCUGAUCUUGAGCCAUGGACAGUCCACCAUGACGACUUCACUCUUGACAACGGGACCAUACAUGGAUAUGCUCUAUGAUGGCAUGUUUGUCCCUGAGGAGCAAGCUGAUGGUUCAUUCGUCUGGGAGAACCCCGCUGCGGAUGGUAAAAUCCCUUUGAUUGCACUCGAUGAUGUUGGAGUCUACAGCCUGUGGAUAUUCGACAAUCCAUCAGAGUCCACAGGCCUCGACCUUGAAAUUGCUACUGACCAAGUGAGCUUUGCCGAAAUUGUGGAAACCUUUACGAGAGUAACGGGUAAGAAAGGGGUACAUAAGCGCGUGCCUUUGGAGACUUAUCUAGAGAAGGCAGAGCCAUAUCCAGGAGCUUAUUCAAACUGGGCGAUAGAUCCGAAGAUUCCUCGGGAUGAGUCGUUCAUGACUUGGAGGGAGAAUUUCUCGGAUUGGUGGCGCUAUUGGAGCGAAGGCAAGGGUGCAACUCGUGAUAUGGCAUUCCUUGAUCGUAUUCAUGGCUCUCGUAUCCCUAAUUUGGAGGCGUGGAUGAGAGCGAAGAACUAUGAUGGGCGACCACGGUCUGUUCUGAAAGAUCUUCACGAAGUGAGAAAUAUGGGAAUGGCGAGCAAAUAA